CUGAACAUCACAGCGGCGUCUCAUUGACAUUUAAACCACUUCCCCUGCCUUCAGAUUCUCAGCAGAAGAGCUUUAAGUUGCUCACAGGAGAGUAACGGGUUCAUUUCGACAUCAUUAUACUGGAAUUAUCUUAAUGGAGAUAUUUGAAAGCAUGAUUCUUCACCCAUGUCUGUGUGUCUUCCUUACUUUAUAUGCAGUGUCCCAAUCCAGCAUGCAAAAAAUUCAGCAUCACAUCUACAAAACAGUGUUGGUGGGGGACACAGUCACACUUUCCUGCAAUACAACUCUACAAAGAGAUGAUAUCACAUGGAAAAUGAAUAGCAUCAAUAUUUUUAGUUACGACUCAUUCAGUAAUAGAAGUAUGACAAACUUCAACUCAAACAGGAUGUAUAUUGAUCCAGCAAUUCCAACGGAGCUAAAAAUAAAUAAAAUACAAACAUCUGAUGCUGCAAACUAUUCCUGUUACAGUUCUUCAACACCAAUAAAAUGGAUAUUAACAGUAACAGAAAGCACAUCCUUACAGUUAUUUGAACCACCACUGCUUUACAUUAUCGGCUCAUGUGCUGGAGGCUGUCUGAUCAUCGGUCUGAUCAUUGCUCUGAUCGUCUGUAUUCACAGGAGAAGGACAAACAACAGAGAUGAAGGUGACAGGUCACAGGCACCAGUCAGAAAACAGUCAACCAAGAAAACCUCUCACUGUAUGGCAGUGGUUGAAGAUGAUGAUCAGUGUGAUAAUGGCAUAUAUGAAAAUUACCAAAAUAUGUUGUAGUCAAGCUUUGAUUAAAUGUAAAGUAAUUGGAAAUUAAUGCAUACACGGUGAGUACAGAGGCCAAACCGUCUGACAUGUUUUGUUUUAAAUAUAUAUAUAUAUAUAUAUAUAAAUGAGUUUAUCUUUAUUUAACCUUUAUAAGAUUCUGUAAACACUUGAAUAUUUCACAACAGGCAAUAAAUAGUCACUUUUCUUGUACAUUAGUCUUGCUCUUAUUAACCUGUUAGAUGGACUCCUUUAUUACAGAGUGUCUUAAUGCAGUGUCUGACAAGUGGGCUGCGUUCCACUCCAGUUUUAGACACGCACUUGCGAACCAUAAAACAGAACAAUAAACACCAUAGGGUUUUCACACUUGAAAUAGUUAACCCUGGAUUAUUCUAAACUCCAGGUUAACAGAAUCCUGGCUUAACUGUUUCACACUGUUCGUACUUAACCAGGAGUAAAGAGAUAUCCCUGGGUAUUCAUAAUCACAGCCCGUGACUUUAACAUAAUAGGGAGUUUAAACCCGGAAGGCAAAAAUAUCACAAUAAAGCUAAAAAUUAACUAGUUUUCUCCUAAUAUUAAAAUUAACAGAUACUAACAUUGUCUUCUGUGAUGUGCAACAAAACUAACUUUGUUAACAUCUAAAAAAAGUGUUGGUUAGUGUUUCAUGACGCUUUAAACACCUACUGUAUGCUAGUAAAAGCCUCAUGUAAUGGAGAUCAAAGGAAAUGUGUGAAAACAUCAUUCACAUUAAAUAUUACUUUACAUUAACAUAAUACUGGGUUGUUUUCUACUCAUGGUCGGGUUAACUGUCACUAAGGGCAAGCACAUGCAACCCAAAAUAUAAAUGCAAUGCGUUAAUUGCUACCAAAAUACAAGGUUGUGAAAAGAUGUAAAAACAUCUCGGGUUUAGUGUUUGCUGGCCAUCUUGAGGUUUAACAUGCACCAAAACACUUAGCCGUAUUAAAUGUGGUUAUGGUUAUUUUGUCAGAAGUGUCAGAAGAUACAUUGUCACCUGAUAAAUGGCUGCAUUACUACGGUAAAAAUUUGAUUUGAGUUUGCUUGGGUCCCCCCAAAUUUUUUAAGCACCAGCUGCCACUGGAAUCGAUCAGACAAAAACGGUGAAGUUGUUGAUGUGGUAUGAUAAUUACUCUUAACGUUUUCUUGCAUUUAUCUGUUUUGUUUUAAAAGGGAUCAAUUUAUAACGCCAUAUUAUUAUUAUUAUAAUCAUUUACGGAUUUAUUACCAACGUUUGACUUUCCAUGGGCGAUUUUAGUCCGUUAAAAAAAUAUUUGGGGGUUUAUAUGUUAUAUGUAAUGUUGCUUGUAUAUGGUUAAUCAAUUUAAAUUUAAUGUAAGAAUGUUAUUGUUAGUUUUCAAUGUUUUAUGCACAUGUAGCCUACUGUAAGUUAUAUGUAAUAUGAAGUUGUAUUUUUUUUAUUGAAAUUGAAAGUUAAACUGUUUGUUUGUAUCCAUAUAGCAUGCCAGUCUACUGAGGUAAAUGAGAUCAAGUUUUUAUCAUUUUAAUGUCUCCCUUUAUUUUCUAAUGAUUACGUACAGAGACAGUAUUUAGGAAUCUUGCUUCUUGACAUCUCAUGAAGAUUUGGUUUAUUUUUUAAUGAAAUAUGUUCAAGAAGCUUUAUGUAACACUAUGAUAUGUUGUAUUUCACCUGAAAUAUAUUGGGGUUAUUUUGUACUUACAUGAAUUCGUUUUAAAUGUUUACAAAAUGUU